AUGCGUUCGAUCCGAUUACGUCCUGGGAAUCGCACUUAUCCUCACAAUAUCUUUCUACCCACAAAACGAGUACUUGUGCUCAGUUGGGAUAGAGCUGAUUAUUUCCAGGUCGUCUUUGAGUUUGUCAGCAUAACUCCCGGUUUGGCAAGCUGUGAAAACACUCCCUGCGGCAAAGUACGGAGUCUCCGUCUCCUCUCGCAACGGGCAAAGAGGAUUAAUUUGUCAACGUCUACAGUUGGAGAAAUGAGAUUGGAAAAUCCUUCAUACAUCAUGUACUUAGUCAAGGCGGGGAUGUGUUUUCUGAUGAUGAUUUCAACUGGUUUGCUGACACGACUUCCUGUUUUCUUUGCUGUAGUUUAUCCCUUGUAA